AAUACCAAUUUUGCAAUAUGAAGUAAACUUGACACAUCAAUUAUUUAGAGACAAUUACUUAUUACGACAAACAAUGGCAUACUUAGGACUAGCAAUUUACGUAAUAUGUUUAGUAGUGAUUUCAGAGAUAUUUGCAAUUCCUCCAAAGUAUUACAUGGACCAGAGAUGCGGUAAAACACUGACUAUAGGCUCCUCAACUCCAUCCAUUCGUCUUGACUUGACCAGAUACAGCAAAUACGAUAAUAGAAUGAACUGUAGACUAACAGUAAGGGCUUCAAAUAUAAGUGCCACGUCUCGGACUAGACUUAUGUUGGUAUUUAGGAAGAUCGAUAUCAAAGGAUAUGAUUUUAUAGCCUGUGAUGAAAGUGAUGAUGUUCUUUACAUACAUGAUGGAUCUUUGACGUCUGACCCACCUGUCAAAGGUUUGGCCCGGGCCCUUUGUGGGGAGAGAGAACCAUUGGGAAGUUAUGUGUCAACAGGGGAUUCCCUUACUCUCAGAUUCAAAUCAAACUUUUGGAAUACUGAUGAUGGUUUUAAGCUGCUCAUCACACCAUUCCAUACAGGAUCCUGCCUUGGAUCUGAGUACCGUUGUAAUGGCGGUCAGUGUAUAUCUGGUGGCAACAAAUGUGACAACUACCGCCAGUGUGGGGAGUCCAUUGAUGAGUGUGAAGUGACCCGCACCCUCUCCUGGAUAGCUGGGGUGGUGGUCGGCGUUAUAUUCAUCUUGGUUAUCAUUGGUGUUGGAGUUUUCUGCCUUAGGCGAUUUCUCAGAAGACGAAACAAUUCUGGAGGUGUGGUCAAGUACUCUGCUGCCCCGCAGCCAGUGACCGCACCACCGAUGUACCAGCAGCCAGGGUCUGUCCCACCCUACCAACAACCGGGAACCACUCCUGGCUACUACCCUCCUGCUCCAGAACCCCAGGGCUAUCCCCCACAGAAUGCUGCCUAUCCACCCCCCUACCCCCAGCAACCCCAGGGUUACCCACCUGCUUCCAACCCUUAUCCCUAUGGUGCUCCCAUGGGGCAGUGAUAAAUCCGAGAGGAAGUCCGGUUUUAUCUCCAGAUUCCUACUUUUUGUGUAGUUUGAAACAAUUACUAAGGGUUAAUUCCAUAAUGCAUACUGAUAAUCCUUUAUUAAGAAAUCUUUUUCAUGCUGCUGUAUUAGAUUAGAAGUUCAAUUUCAAAAUGAUCUUUUUAUUUGGAAUGUUAACAACCUAGAUUAAACGUGGAUUUUGAAGAAAGAUGUCAUUGUGUUGAAGUUUUUUAAAACUAGCAAGCUUUAAUUAAUAUGGUAAUAUCUUAUUCAGACUAGAAGUUCACUUUCAAAAUGAUCUUUCUAUUUGGAAUGUUAACAACCUAGAGUAAAUGUGGAUUUUGAAGAAAGAUGUCAUUGUGUUGAAGUUUUUUAAAACUAGCAAGCUUUAAUUAAUAUGAUAAUAUUUUAUUCAGACUGAUUAGAUAUUCAUUACCAGUAGAUAUUGUGUCAUUAGAGCAAUAGAUCAAAUCUAUGGGAGUGAGAAUAAUCAUAGUCUUCUUUAAUAGUAAGAUUUCUCUAACAUUUCUAUAUAAAUGUAUUCAACUGUAAGUAUUAUGACAAUGUGGUGUUAAGCUUGAAAUUGUUGGUAUGUCACACAUUUACAAUGGAGUUUUAUCACACUCUGGUGUUUUCUAAUAUUUUAUAUUUAGAGGUGUUUAACGAUAAUAACAUUUUCUUUGUUGUGAUAAAAUGAAGAUGCAUGUUUGCUCUUUUUGUAUUUAUGCAAGAAAAAACCCAAAACCAAUCUACCGGUACAUGUAUUUACGUACCGAUUCCCAGAUAUUGAAUUAAGUGUUUAUUGUACAUGUUUUCAGUAAUAUCCUUUUGAAUUUGAAGAUUUGUGAACAAUUUUGAGAGUACAUGUACUCGGUAGGCUAAAUUAUUCAAUACUGAAAGAUAGCCAUUUAUUCAGAAUUUUUGUUUAGAGUGUAUACAUAUAGGUAUUGCACAGAAAAAGAUCUUUUUAUCCAUGACAUGUGAAAGUUUGAAAAUAUCUUUAAAACUGUGUGACUUUUUAUGUUUUUAUUUCUUUGAAGAUAUUAUGUACCAUUUUAUAUGAAGUUGUGACAUUGAUUUUGUAAAAGUUUGAAUAACUAAAAUUUAUACUUGACACAAAGAGUCAGAUAAUUCUAAAAUUAAAAUAAGGUAAUUAAAAGGCCAAGAAUGUGUGUAUAAACCUAACAGAGAGGCCAUAGGGUCAUCUUUAGUAUCUCACUCAAAAAUUAAUUGCAUUAUAGUACUAAUUGUUAAAAGUAUCAUGUUUAGUGUGUAUAUUAAACUGUGCUAUCAUCUAAUAAGCACAUUUUUCUGUAGUUCAACAACAUUUAUUCUUUGCUUGUUUGUUUUGGGUAGUAUUGUUCAUGUUUUUCUUUCAACUUGAUUUUUCAUUUUAUUGUAAAUUUUUAGAAUGUUGUAAAAAUAAUCAAGUUAUUAGGUUUUCUAUAUUAAUAAGGUUUUUUUUUUAAAUGAAAGAGGGAUAUUCCCACAAGCACAUGUUUCUGCCACAGCCAGAAAGUUUACCCUGUAGUACAAUAACAACCAUCAUCGCAAACCACAGUUUUGAGUCCAGAUGAUGGAGAGAAUCGAUGUGAAUAAUAACACAUUUCAUGCAUUUUGAUACUAUUUGCAAACACUUCAAUGCAGAAAUAAGUGUCUGUGGGCAUUCCACAUUGUUUGGUUUGGGUUUGUACUGGAGUUUUGAUUUUUGCAAUUGUUGAUUUUUCAACUUUUACUUUUUUCCAUAUUAUAAAUGCAUCUCUAACACUCAGUAGUGAUAUGAAAACAUUCUACCUUUUUUUACCUACAUGUUUAGUGGCAUAUAUGUAAUUUUUCUAUCUUGUUGAUAUAUAUGCAUUGUUGUUGUUAAUUUUAUACUUGAAUUAAUUCAUAAUAUUCCUCCAAAGUUUGUUAUACAUACAUUGUGGAUAUGUUCAAUUAAACAUGUUUUAUAAUAUCAA